AUUAACUAAACAUGUUAUUACUUAUUAGAACAUACACACACACACAUAAAUAUUAAUUUACUUCCAUUGCUUACUUCUGCCACUGAACAUGUGUUAUCCAACCAGAUGAGGGCUCAGAAGAUCUUCAUCAUCUAAUAAGUACUGUUAUUUUAACAAAUCAUAUUACACUCUUCGGAGCUGUACAACUGAGGUGGAAGUAAAUUAAUUUGCUCUAGUGCUUGAUACACCCUUCCUUAAAAUCAUAUUCCAUCUUCUUUAUUUGUGUAUGGAGAAAUUAUUAGGUAGUUAUGGAGACAAAUAAGUGUAUAUUUAAAACGUAUAAAAAUUAUAAUCUAAGUACAAACUUGGUAUAGGAAUAAUAACUCACUAGAAAUGUUUGGUAACCAAAGAAAUCAAUAAAAAAUAACGAACUAUAACUUGCCUUAUCUAACAUUUAUUAAUUAUUGCAAGUUUUGUCUUUUUUUUUGUGUCGUUGGUAUUACCGUAACUCACAAAUGGCUGUAACACAAACUGCAAGUGCAAAAUGCCGCCGCGACCUUUAUUAUUCAUUUAGGACAAAUAUACUAUAUAAUGAUUUGGAUGCCGCUUUAAUUAAUUGAUUUAGGAUAAGGCAUUGUUGACGGAGCAACCUAGGCAGGGGCACAAACCUAACUCCUAUUUUUAUAUAUUUUUUUUUCAAUUUAGCUGCUGAAUUAAGCUAAAGCGUAUUGGAUAUAUAUAACAUUCAUGCAAGCUUGGUAAUGGUGGGUGUGGCUCAACGUUUUUUCUUUAUUGUUAUAGAGAAGGUCUCUCUAUCCAGGCCAGUUACAAGUAUAUACCAAAACUUAUUGGUAAUAAUGAACGGUAAAGAAAAGAUGAAAGAGAAAUUGGAGAAUUAUUCUCCAACAGCAAUAGCAUUGCUGAUAGGAGAAUUGACAGCAACGGCAGGAGCAGCUAUAAAAAAUGCGCUAUCUCGUGAAGCAUGUCCAUCUACUACUGCACUAUUAGAUGACAUCAUGGAGGAGCUAAGAUAUGGCGGCAACAACACCAUUGGGGUGUUGGGACCCGAUUUGCGUCUAAAUGCGAAUCUUGUAGAAAAAGUUGCAAGAAGGGUGGAAAAUGAAGGGUUGUUUGACGCAGUUGUCGUGACAACUGUAUCAAACAAGCCCAAUUACAGAAAGAUUCAAGACGAAAUUGCUAGAUCCCUGGGAUUGAGAUUUGAUGGUGAGAAUACCGGUACCGGUGUGGCUAAAAAAGGCAUAAGAUGGCUUCCUAAGGUAUUUGGUUCAAGAAAUGAUAAGUUGAAUGAUGAUGAGAUUGAAAGUAGAGCAAGAAGAUUACGUCCGAGGAUGUUGGCAGAGGAGAAGAUUCUUGUGAUAUUGCGUGAUGUUUGCAGCAAUGGUCUUGAUUUGGACAAAGUAGGAAUACCUUAUGGAAUAUAUCACACAGGAUGCAAGUUGUUGCUUACUUCUGCUAGUGAGGAUGUGCUAUCCAACCACAUGAGUGCUCAGAGGAUUUUCACCCUCUGAUUGUUAUCUAAUUUCAUUUACGAGGAGUGUUAGGGCCAGCAAUUUUUGUGAUUUGUAGCUAUGAAAUAGUCAUCAAUAAUGAUUUUAAUGGUGUGAAAUUUCAUCAAAUGACUCACUUUUCUUUGCUGGUUACAUGCUGGCCAGAAUUUGAAAAAAUUGCUGGUCUCCUAUACUUUUCCUUUCAUCUACCAAUCAAACUAUAAUAUCACUUUACAAAUGACCAUAUAUGGUAAUCAAAAGCUAAUAAGCAAUAUUUUGGGCCUAUCACUAUAACUUAAAGUUGAUCAUUUUCUUAAUUAGCUAGUAUACUAUAUAAUGGUUUGGACUUGCAUAUUA